UAAAAUAAAAUAAAAAACAGCAGCAUGGAAACCUGACAAUGCUUGAAUUGGUACAUGGGCGGUGGGUGUUGAGACAAUGCACAUAGAAGUGGAACUCUGAGCCCUGGGCCUCCUGUGAUAGUGGCCAUUGAUGGAGCCAGUACAGGUAGCCAAACUGAGGGAGCCUCUGCCUGGAGGUGGGUGCACUGUCUGGGGAGUGGGACCCAGCUGUAGGUUCUUUGACAGUGUGGCAUAAAAUAAUUUUUUGCCUGAAACUUUUAGUCAUGAAACUGCAAAACUGCUUGGGACUUGGGUGCCAUUUCUAAAGGGCUCUGACAAUUUGGCAAUGAUUUAAUGUCAUUAUAUGGUGGUUGCUUUGUUCUUAAAAUACAGCUUCUUGCUGAGGCCAAGUUAGGUGACGGAUUUUUUUUUCCUUUUCUUGCCUAAGAUUUUCAUUUCACUCCCUCCACUUUUUUGCUUAGGAAACUCUCAAAUGAAUCGGUGUGACUUCCAUGCUGUAAGAUGUCACUGCCACUUACCAAUCAAACAUGAGCUCAUCUGUGUUACAGAAGCAGAACAGAACAGAUGUGUUAUGUGCCAAGAACCUUGCAAAGAAAGACUUCUUCAGGCUCCCCGACCCUUUUGCAAAGAUUGUCGUGGAUGGGUCUGGGCAGUGCCACUCAACCGACACUGUGAAAAACACAUUGGACCCAAAGUGGAACCAGCACUAUGAUCUAUAUGUUGGGAAAACGGAUUCGAUAACCAUUAGCGUGUGGAACCACAAGAAAAUUCACAAGAAACAGGGAGCUGGCUUCCUGGGCUGUGUGCGGCUGCUUUCCAACGCCAUCAGCAGAUUAAAAGAUACCGGAUACCAGCGUUUGGAUCUAUGCAAACUAAACCCCUCAGAUACUGAUGCAGUUCGUGGCCAGAUAGUGGUCAGUUUACAGACACGAGACAGAAUAGGAACUGGCGGCUCGGUGGUGGACUGCAGGGGACUGUUAGAAAAUGAAGGAUCGGUGUAUGAAGACUCAGGGCCUGGGAGGCCGCUCAGCUGCUUCAUGGAGGAACCAGCCCCUUACACAGAUAGCACCGGUGCUGCUGCCGGAGGAGGGAACUGCAGGUUUGUGGAGUCCCCAAGUCAAGAUCAAAGACUUCAGGCACAGCGGCUUCGAAACCCUGAUGUGCGAGGUUCACUACAGACGCCCCAGAACCGACCACACGGCCACCAGUCCCCGGAACUGCCCGAAGGCUACGAACAAAGAACAACAGUCCAGGGCCAGGUUUACUUUUUGCACACACAGACCGGAGUUAGCACGUGGCACGACCCUAGGAUACCAAGAGACCUUAACAGUGUGAACUGUGAUGAACUUGGACCACUGCCGCCAGGCUGGGAAGUCAGAAGUACAGUUUCUGGGAGGAUAUAUUUUGUAGAUCAUAAUAACCGAACAACCCAGUUUACAGACCCAAGGUUACACCACAUCAUGAAUCACCAGUGCCAACUCAAGGAGCCCAGCCAGCCGCUGCCACUGCCCAGCGAGAGCUCUCUGGAGGACGAGGAGCUUCCUGCCCAGAGAUACGAAAGAGAUCUAGUCCAGAAGCUCAAAGUCCUCAGACACGAACUGUCGCUUCAGCAGCCCCAAGCUGGUCACUGCCGCAUCGAAGUGUCCAGAGAAGAAAUCUUCGAGGAGUCUUACCGCCAGAUAAUGAAGAUGCGACCCAAAGACUUGAAGAAACGGCUAAUGGUGAAAUUCCGCGGGGAAGAAGGUUUGGAUUACGGUGGCGUGGCCAGGGAGUGGCUUUAUUUGCUGUGCCAUGAAAUGUUGAAUCCUUACUACGGGCUCUUCCAGUAUUCUACAGACAAUAUUUACAUGUUGCAAAUAAAUCCAGAUUCUUCAAUCAACCCCGACCACUUGUCUUAUUUUCACUUUGUGGGGCGGAUCAUGGGGCUGGCUGUGUUCCACGGACACUACAUCAAUGGGGGCUUCACGGUGCCCUUCUAUAAGCAGCUGCUGGGGAAGCCCAUCCAGCUCUCAGACCUGGAAUCCGUGGACCCGGAGCUGCAUAAGAGCUUGGUGUGGAUCCUAGAGAACGACAUCACGCCUGUACUGGACCACACCUUCUGCGUGGAACACAACGCCUUCGGACGGAUCCUUCAGCAUGAACUGAAACCCAAUGGCAGAAAUGUGCCGGUCACAGAGGAGAACAAGAAAGAAUACGUCCGGUUGUAUGUAAACUGGAGGUUUAUGAGAGGAAUUGAAGCCCAGUUCCUAGCUCUGCAGAAGGGAUUCAAUGAGCUCAUCCCUCAACACCUGCUGAAGCCUUUUGACCAGAAAGAACUGGAGCUGAUCAUAGGCGGCCUGGAUAAAAUAGACUUGAACGACUGGAAGUCGAACACGCGGCUGAAGCACUGUGUGGCCGACAGCAACAUCGUGCGGUGGUUCUGGCAAGCGGUGGAGACGUUCGAUGAAGAAAGGAGGGCCAGGCUCCUGCAGUUUGUGACUGGAUCUACGCGGGUCCCGCUCCAAGGCUUCAAGGCUUUGCAAGGUUCUACAGGCGCGGCAGGGCCCCGGCUGUUCACCAUCCACCUGAUAGACGCGAACACAGACAACCUUCCGAAGGCCCAUACCUGCUUUAACCGGAUCGACAUUCCACCAUAUGAGUCCUAUGAGAAGCUCUACGAGAAGCUGCUGACAGCCGUGGAGGAGACCUGCGGGUUUGCUGUGGAGUGAAAAGCAACCAAAGGCAACAGAGUCUAGCUCAUGGCCACCAGACCAAAAGCAUCCAGCUUCUGUGCGCCUCCUGCAAAGCUGGCAGAGGCCCUGGAAUUCCAGAUCACCUGAGGGGAAAGGGUUGUCUCUCUCCUUUCUGUUGGGGGAGGGGGAUGGGGGACUUUUGUUGGUGGCUCCCACCCAUAUAUCUCUCCUUUAUUAUAGUACUCCCACCCGCUUCCAUCACCCAUCCAAUAAAAUGCAGCCAGGGUUAGCCUUUGGCUUUGGUCACACAGGAUAUUCUGCUGUGGUUGCAACCCAUGUGGUGAUAAGGCUCAUGGCCCUGAGCUCUUUACGGGAGCAUCAGCCCACAGUUAGGGGACUGAGUGUGGCUGGCUGAGGGUUUGGAACUGGUGGCUAUCCCCGCUGUUCCAUCUCAAAUAGCCUUGAGGCCCCUUUUCAAUUUGAGCAGCUGCUAGAUAUCUUACCAGAGCUCAGAUUCCAGAUUUCACAUCCCAGCAGCCUGUUCUGGGCAGCAGAUGAAUUUCCAACUGAAAAAUAACUGCAUAACGUAUGCUUAUUGGAAUUCUGCCACAGCAGGAAGCUUGAGUCAAAAUGUGUUUCCCCUUUGAAAGGAGAAGGAAUUGGAGCAGCUUUUCCUGGAGCCAGGAUAUUUCUUUGCUGGGUAUCUUGGCUGAUAAUUUUUUACGUAGAGAAAAACCAUCUUUUAAGGGCCCCUUUUGCUGCAUUAUCUGUCCAGUUUGACUUUUCUUUUCAGUGAAAACACCAUGUCACGGAGUGUAGAAAAGAGCAGACCAAAAUCAGCCCUAGAGCCAACCAGUCAGUCCCAAAGCUGUGACCUCUGUGCCACUGUUGUCCAUAGAAGAGCAUCAACUGUGUCACUUAAAAUAUUAGUAAACCGUGAUGCGGCAACUGCUAAGAGCUAAACUAACAAAAUUGUGUUAUCAUAGCUGCUGGCUUGGUGCGAACUAGCUUAAAAGCAAUGGUGAAAGGAUAACCUCGAUGAUGUAAAUCCACCCAAAGAUACUGUUCUACAAAAAGUAGGGUGUGGACGCAAACCUGUGACCGCAGAGGGGGACGGCUCCACACUGCCUCAUGUGGCCCCUUUCCCAGUGGCAGCUGGUGACACUAACGAUUGCUACUCGGUUCACUUGCCCAGAUGUCUUCGUAUGAUCAGCAAGGCCAGAAGCAAGCCUAGACUGGAAGUUUCUGACACCAUUUCCAGUUUGCACAGAAGGCAAACAGUGUUUUAUCUUAAAGUGGCUUGAUUUCCAGUAGCUGAACUUGGGCAGAAAACAGCAGCAGCAACCAAUGUUCCUGUAUGGUUUCUUUGUUGUUUUUGUUUGGGGUGGGGGCAAGUACAGGGUAAUCGAUGAGCAAGACAUUUCACUGCUGUUGAAGUCUCUGGGAUCCCGCUGUGGGUCUGAGAUGGCCUGGGAAGGACCUUGUGGACAACGGUUUUAUCUGUUCUUUUUGUCACUGUUAACUUCUGGGCUGCUGAGGUUCUAGAAUGGAAGGGCUGCCAAACGAGGUUUGCUGCAGGAGGAAAGUUUAAUCCCCCAUUCCAGAAGUCCAGGCCCAAUGGUGGGCUUAGCCUCUUUGAAAAGCUCUGCCUUGCCCCCCCAGGUGGGCGCAUCCUGUGUCUCAUUCACCAUGAUGCUUCCUGAAGGUGUUCUAGAAGCCCGUUUCCCAGUGGCUCUAUCCAGCCUUUCCUUGCAUCUUCCUCUUGAAGGUGAGGAAGUGAAAACUACAGCCCUCCCCCGGAGAGCCCACCCUCUAUCACGAGCCUAACCCACGGGAGGCAGAAGAGACAUCCAUCUGAGAACUGAAGCGGCCUCCGGGAUGAGGUCGGAGGCCCCACCUGAUUUUCCUGGUGGUGGUAUCCAAAAUCCGCAGUAACUAGGAAGGAAACCAGGGUCUCAUGGUUUAAAAGACUUUGAAGCAGGAAUGUUGCAUUUGACGCCUUUAAAACUACCUUUUUGCUGUUGGGAGGAGUCGGGGGCGAGCCUUAGCAGCUGCACCCGCCAGCCCCAUGCUGGUCGGUGCUGCCCUGCCUCUCGUGCCGGGUGUUGCUUCAGCCCAGAGCCAGAGGGCUGGGUCCCGGGUCCUCCACAGGUGGCCCCGGCGGACACAUGGCAUUCCCGUCCCGGCCCCCGUCUCUGCUUUUCCACUUCCACCUGCGUGUGGGUUUGCCGCCUUGUCAUCGGUCGUGUGAGUGUCGCAGACCUUUCCAGAGCUCCGGUUCACUCUUUCCAAACAGGCCUCCCUGUCGGUGGCAUCGCACUCCCAGAACCUUCAGUUUCUACGAUGGUUUGUUUGGUCCUUUUGAACCACCCCAAAGAACUCAAUAUGGCAAGCAAAUGGUAAAAGCUUCCCGAAUGUUGGACUUUGGGUCCGCGCGAAGCCCAUUCACGUGUGAUCUGUGUCGCCCCUCUCGGUGGUCCCAGGCGAUCCAGCCAUGCCCCCUGCCCCUCUGCCCAGAUGCUUCAGGGGCCCGGCUUUUCAGGCUUGCCCUCACCAGCGGCCGUCAGCCGACACUCAGGGAUGUAGCAAACACCACUCUGCCAGUGCUUUUGGUAGGAAGAGCUGAGGCUGCCUGGGAGGCCCGGGGCGACAGGAAAAGGGCUCUCUCCAGUUCUGAAAAGAGAAUCUGCCACCAGAUCGAAUUUCGACCCCUGAGCUUGUUCAGACAUAUGGUCCGAAUUCCGAUUAAGGUGGUCACCCAGUCCGAGAUGUCAGGAAAGGCCUUCUGCAGAGAAAAUGUCCCCCUACCCGCCAUCUGCAGCCAGGUGUGUGCCGCACGGCAGCCUUCCCGAAACAUAGUAUGGAUUUUAAAAAUGUGUUUAUUUUUGUUUCUCAACCACUUUAUAAUGUAUUUUUUAAUUUAUUUUGUAAUGUCUUGUUUUUAAGUAUUGCUGCUAUCCUUGUUAUCCUUCCCACGGUUUUUAUCGCUGAUUUAUUUUGUGAAAGUUGUACACUAAUGUUCUGUUUUAUGUCAAAAUCAAAAGUAUUUAAUGAAAUACUAGUUCUAUUUAAUGUGGUUAUGGAACCAGCUGGAAACACAAAACAAACAGUGAUUGUACAGCAGGCUGGGCCCAGGAGGUCAGGUUCAUUUUGUUACAUAUGCAAUAAACUCACGACUUUACA